AUGAUAAGAAUUCGUUUGGACACAGGCAUUGGAGAGAUCGUAGAGUUGGAGAAGACCGACUUCAGCAAGGAAGAGACUGUUCAAGACGUUUUAGACAACUAUCUACGCAACUAUUCUGAGCCGCGAUAUUUCCGAGGAGUUCAAUGCUCCUUCAAAGGCGAUGACUUGCCGUUAGAGACCAUUCUUACCACAGAACAUGACGUAAUUGAGGUCAGAUUAUGUAUAGAUAAGGUAAGUGUCGUUUUACAAUUACAGUGAAAUUUCUGUGCAAGAAACUCCCGUACAACAAAACGUGCCUAUAACAAACGUAUUCAAGGUCUCAAGGGCCAAUUUUAGGCGAAAAUAAACCGGCAUGCAACAAAACCCUUCCAUAAAGGAGAAAUUUUGUGGUCCCUUGCGAGUUGUUGACUGUAUAUGAGAAUAGGCAUGAUCCUUUUCACACCAAUGACAGUCAUUUACGAUAUCAGUUUUAGCCGGACUCGGAUGGAAGCGACGAGGAAGUGUUUGUCGAAGCAAGCGCUGACCACAUCUCAACUGACAACAAGGAUCCAUUAAAUACCACACCGAAGGAGGCAAAAUCUGAUGACGAAGGGAGAGAGAGCAUUUCAGGCCCACUUGGUGAGAACCUAGGUCGUCUAGAAAGUAUAGAAACAACCUACGAGAUUGCUAAUGAAAACAUGACUCAUUCUUACUCCAACCUCUCAAGAGCCGCUACGGAAAUUGAAGGCGCCUUUGACGCCAAUAAUGGAGCAGCAAACUCACAGAGACAUCGUGUUGAGCCUCUCUACAAGGACAACAAUAUAAGCCAAGUCGCGCUAAUGGUUAUGCAAUAUGAGAAGAGAACAAAAGUUCAAGAAAAAGAGGGCCGGUGUGUUAAGGUGGAGUUGUAG